GACCCUCCUUUCAUCAAACACAAAGCAUUCGAUCCAUUCCAACCCAGAGUUGAGCAGCAGCACUGAGUUUUAGUCCUUCCGAUCGAGUGAGUGAUUCCAGUUCGCGCAUUUUUUGUGACAGAGGAGAGGAAAGAAGAGAAGAUGGCCUCCAACCAGAAGCAGGCGAGCUACGCGGCCGGCGAGACCAAGGCCCGCACCGAGGAGAAGACCGGGCAGAUGGUGGGCGCGACCAAGGACAAGGCGGGGCAGGCCACGGAGGCCACCAAGCAGAAGGCCGGCGAGACGGCCGAUGCCACGAAGCAGAAGGCUGGCCGGGCCACGGAGGCCACCAAGCAGAAGGCCGGCGAGGCCAAGGACAAGACGGCACAGACGGCGCAGGCGGCCAAGGACCGCGCCGCCGAGAGCAAGGACCAGACGGGGAGCUUCCUCGGCGAGAAGACGGAGGCGGCCAAGCACAAGGCCGCCGAGGCAACCGAGGCGGCCAAGCAGAAGGCGUCGGAGACGGCGCAGUACGCGCAGGAGAGGUCCUCCGACGCCGCGCAGUACACCAAGGAGUCCGCCGUCGCCGGCAAGGACAAGACCGGCAGCGCCCUCCAGCAGGCCGGCGAGACGGUGGUGAACGCCGUGGUGGGCGCCAAGGACGCCGUGGCCAACACGCUGGGCAUGGGCGGUGACAACACCAACACCAGCAAGGACACCACCACUGGGAAGAUCACCGGGGAUCACUAGACGCAUGCAUUCGCGCUCAGUUUAAAUUUGCUUUCCUUUAGUCGUUUGGUCGUUCGCGGGCCUUCCACAUAUAUUUGUAUGUUUCCACUCUUUUCCCGAAUUUCAGUGUUGAGCUUGCCUUU